AUGUUACGAAGCAUUGAUCCGGCCAAUCCGAUUCUUGUUCAAUAUUUGACAACUGUUAACCCAAAUGUUCAAGUUGGGGUUUUAUUGCCAAAUGGGGCUGAAGGCACAUGGAAGGUUGUUAAAGCCUCUAAGAAAUCGAAGAAGACUGAACAAACUAAAUUUGUUCCUGAACAAGUGGAGAACGAGGUUACAGAAGCUAUUCACGAGAAUGCUGAAAAAGAAGUUUCUAAGGAGGUUGUUCCAUCGAAGACAAGUAUUCUCAAAAGAACAAAAAAGCCUGCUCAUCGACCUCGUCAUUCUCUUGAAAGAACAAUAAUUGAAGAAGUUCCUGUUGAGCCCCUUUCUUCACCUAAAGAGGUUUCUAUAUCAAAGGGGAUACGGAAAAUACACAAACCCCAACCUAAACGAAGGGGUGCACAUAUUCGUGAUGUACCUGUUCCAAUAUCACUUGCCUCGAAGAAACGGAAAGCUUACGAAGUCGUCAAAAAGAUCAAGAAGAAGUCUUGA